CUGCGGGGACUUUGGAGUGGACGGAUUGGACUGCUGGGACAGGAUGAGAGGUUUAAACGUACAAAAACCCAUUAGUUAGAUUUACAACUUAGUAACAAGCGCCUGUGAUCCGUCUGAGAAAUGUCCAUGCAGGGGUCUGUGCUGGCAGUGGGGAAAUGUCUCGCCUGUCUGGAGUUCAUGUUGUUUCCAGUGUGGCGGGGGAUCCGGGCCGGUAGUGGCGUCGCAGGUGGGUGGAGCCAGGGCUGGGGCCGCUGCUUGAGAUGGGAGUUGGACAGUCCAGACCAAAAGGCCAGGUUACCGGUGUUUGACUACCCGGUCUGGUUGGUCCUCAGCCGCGGGGGGCGAGCCAAGCUCAGGGAGGUUUGUCAGAGAGGGAGAGGCGCCAUCAGACUACCCACAGAAAUGCUCAGCAUCAAGCUCCCACAGCUCUUCGACAUCCAUCAGGUCCCCAAGGUGUUCAGGGAGGACAACAUCAUCUCUGGAUACCGUCACCCGCGGAGCUCAGCGCUCGACUGCGUCCUCAGCAGCUUCCAGAUGAACAAUGAGACCAUCAACAUCUGGACCCACUUCCUGCCGACAUGGUACUUCUUGUGGCGUUUCUGUGUUCUGUGCUCCACCAUGAACUUCCUGACCGACAGCUACACCUGGCCCCUGCUGGUCUACAUGCUGCUCAUCUGUAUCUACCCCUUCACCUCCAGCUGUGCACACACCUUCAGCACCAUGUCCUCAGAGUCCCGCCACAUCUGCUACUUCUUUGACUACGGAGCUCUCAGCCUCUACAGCCUGGGAUGUGCCAUAAGCUACGGAUACUAUGUCAUGCCAGAUUGCUGGGUGAACAGUUGGCUCCAUCAGCAUUUUGUUCCCAUUGCCAUUGGAAACACACUGUUCUGUACCAGCCUGUCCUGCUACUCCAGGUUCCUGGAGCUCCAGUUCCCACAGAGAAGUAAAGCUCUGAGGACAGGAGCGUUUGUCGUCCCAUUUAUAUUUGACACUGUCCCUCUGUUUUACAGGAUCCUCCUGUGCUGCAGUGGAAACUGUGGCCUGACUGACGCUUUGUCCAGUUACUGUUACCACCUUCUCUUUGCCUUCCUCACCUGUUUUCUGUUUACUGCCCACUUCCCUGAGAGGCUGGCCCCGGGGCGCUUCGACUUCUUCGGCCACAGCCACCAGCUCUUCCACAUCAGCGCCGUGGUGGGUUCCCACUUCCAGAUGGAGGGCGUCAUCGCAGACAUGAUGUCGCGCAGGUCGUGGCUUGUGGCCCACGGGGUGACGCCAUCCUUCCUGGGGACAAUCGGUGCUCUCGCCGUCAGCCUCAUCCUCAACCUGGGCAUCAUUGGCGUCUUCAGCGCCCCGCUGCUGUGGAAGCCCUGCCACAGCUCCAACCAGCCGCACACGUCCCCCUGCGAGUGCAAGGAGCAGUGAGGGAAAGGUUUGGCUCCGCAGUUCACAGUAGUUAUUCCACACCGACCGUUUUCUCAUUCAGAGAUCGAGUUAUUUUAUGCCUUUUGUUCAGUGCGAAAGCGAUUUUCUAACCGUGUUACCCACCUGAAGUAUGUUUGCGUGUUUACUCAGAAGCUGAGGACCCAGUCACAUUUACUGAAGCCUUUUUCUGUUAAGUUUCGGAGGCUGAAAACACAAAUGUCCGCUUUCAUUGGGCAUUGAAAAAGGCUCUGGGUUGCAGGAAGCAGGCUGUUGUAACACAACACAGAAGUGCCUUUUUGUAGAUUUCAUUCCCAGUGUUUGCAGUGGAUCAAUACAAGUUCAACUCUCAAACUGGAUACAUUUUAUGUGACGAUUUGCAGGGAUUAUUUUGUAUUGAACUGAAUGUGCGAGGCCAGACUGUCCUUUACAUCAUUAAGGGUUUACUGAAGAUAUUCUGGGUAACUGUACUCACUGAUUAGUGUGGUUGUUCUAUGUGUAGGACCACACAGACAGCUCUCAAUCAACCCAACAUAAUAUAAGACAGAUUGGAUUGCUGACUCUUAUAUAUCCACCUAUUGAUUCCACUCUGCAUGGACUGGAAUUGAUUUCCAGACCAGUGUGGUUCUUUUUCUGAUUGCCUGCCUUACUAGAACCUCACAAUCUGCCUUAAACAUGGGGAGAGAGAAAAAAAAAGUUAGCGCGGUGAUGAUUAAAAGACAGGUACCAUUUUUAUACCAUUGUGUUUCCAUGGCAACACUGUAGCGGCCUCAUGCCCCCUGAAGGUCUUUAGCAAUUUCAUGUUCAGAGCAAAUGGCACCUUCACAAACCAUAAGAUUAAUCUGAAUAUCCAUCAGAUACGAAAAGCACUUAUAAUCGCAGCCUUAACUAAAAAAAAGGAAAAAAAUUUAAAUCAGUGGUCGUAAUUUGGCUUUUAAAGCAUGUUUGUAGUCCAGUAAGAUUUCCAACAUUUGUUGUUUAUAAUAACUGUUGGUGGAUUUAAGAGAAGCGGGGAGAGGCAACGUAUAUUUAGUGAUAGUAUGGGGCUGCAUUAACGUGGGAGUUUUGUGGUGUUCCAGUAUUUUGGUGCAUAUAACAAAGCAUUAACAAACCUUAUAUAGGGUGGGUAUCUGGUUGCCUCGUGACUCUUGUUUACAUUUACCACUGAAAUAAUAACUGUCUUACCUAUUUAUAGAAUUUUAUAUUUAUUGCUUGUUUUAGGUGCAUAAACAGGAAUGAAGAUGAGUGUUUGCCUUUUUGUUAGUGUAGAACUAUAAAUGAGGAAACUAUAACUGCAAAAUUUUCACAUUUUCUAAAGUUAUUUUUGCGGAUUAUUGAGUCAAGGGAGAAAUGAGCAGAGAGAGGAUUUUCAUAUCGUUAUUUGCAAAUAUGCGGAAUUUUCUCUUGUUUCACUCACAGGAGUGAGUGUAAUUUCAGGUUUCGUUGAAUUUCUUUUGAAGCCAAACAAAAGAAAAAUCUGGUCAGAAGCUCAGAACAAUAAAUUCAGUGUUCAGCAUUCGUAGUUAAGUAUGUUACACUUUCAUUGUUGUGUAGCAGCAGAAAGAAACAAAUGCUUUAAACCUUCAGGCUGUUUCUUAUGGUGUUUUAUACUUAAUUGUGGGUGCUGAAAACUUCAUUUAGAAUUUCUUUUUAUGCCUGUUGGUUGAACAGGACUCUGGGGAAAAUGUGAUGCCCAUUUUCCCUCCUAGUUUAGAUUUACUAGAAAAAAAUAGCAGAUGAUAGUAGUAAAAUGGUAGUCGACCUUGUUUAUUUUGUGAAACAGGAGAGAAUAAUGCAGAUUGCUGUGCUCGAGUAAAAAUCCUCUUUGAUUUCUGUCAUUUCUUCUAAAAGUUAGGCCUAAUAAUGCACAGAAAUGACUUUAAAAAAUGUAUAAAUCAGAAAACUCAUGAAUACCUACAUAUCGUCAUAGCAGUGCAUAUAAUCCAUAACUGGCAAGGAAGUAAUGUUCAUUAGGUUUUAAUUACAAGCUGGGUGUCACAUAUUACUCAACAUAUCUGUUGUAACACUGACAUACUGUAGGUACAGGGUUCAGUAAUGCUCAUUUUACUUGACAGAAGGCUUAGAAUCUGCAUAAAAUGUGUUUUUUAAGCAAUUUAUGGCACAAAUUUUCACCUUAAUCCACCGCUAAUACGUGUAGUUUGUGCUCCCCACCCGCAGGGAAACACGCUGCUAACACACACUCGUAGAGAGGUUAAAUUAGAGGGGAAAUGUAUGUGAUAUUAUGGGAUUGAGGCAUGUUCCAGGUCCAUGUUGGAUGCUGAGGUAGGAAUGUCAGAGAGAAUGUGUAGAAUCACAAAGAGCACACAAAUCCACACACUUUGGUGUUAGAGCAGCUGUUUAAGAUGUUUUCAUUUAGUGUGCAGAGUAUAAAAGUCGCAUCGUCCUUUAUGUCCCAGACAAAACAGCAGUGUUCGCUCCUGUUUUUUCUCUCCCUCUGCCGAGCAGCAUCGAUCGAUGUUUUGUUUAUUUUCUCCACAGUCAUCAUCUUACAGCAUUCCUAGCUUUGACCCUGUUGAUUCUUGGAAUUGCAUCAUUACUGGCUUCUGAUGUGGUUCUUUUGCCGUGGACACAAACUAGUUUAAAAGCAUUUAUCUUUGAGCUGCUGGUGUUUCGUUUUGGGUUUUUUUUUUCUUUUGUCAUCUCACUCAUUCUCAGCCCUUCAGUGCCGGCACUGUUAAGCUGCAAAGCUCAGACAUGCUGGUGGUCGAGGCUUUCACAAUACACAGGUUGCUGUUUUGAAUUACAUUAUUUUGAACAAAAUCUCAAAUAUUACUGUUAAAUUUCAAUUCUCCGACCAGAUUACUGUAACUUUGAAGGCAAUUUGUUGUGUAUAACCUCGCAGGUUCACGUUUCUGAUGCAGGUUGUCAUUAUCAGGAAAACUGGGCACUUAUUUGGUGAUUCUUUUUACAAUAUAAAGUGUAUUGAAGGAUGUUUGUUAACGUGCAAUUGAGAGCAAAAAUGAGAAGAGGAUGAACCAUUUGAUACAAGAGUUCAGAGGAACAAAAAAGUUGAUACCUUUUUUUUUUUCAAUGUUUUGUACUUUUCUUUUGAUAUAAUGCUCUGUUCAAAAAGACAACUAUUCUUAAUGUGUACAAAUACUUAUUUGUUCUUUGCUGUGUAUAAUUUGUAAUGUGCUACUUUUCUCUAUUAGACUUGUGUAAUAAAUUAAGCCUUUUAUAAAUGUAAAAA